CAGUAAUUCAGCCAUGUCCAACGAUGCUAUCCAAGACGAGCUCACGUCGAUAAACUCAAUCUUCGAUGAGGGGACAUUGUCUCUGAUUGAUGAGGAUGCAAGACUCUUCAGCCUGCGACUGCCCUCGCUGCCGUCGAUAAUCUUGCGUCUCGAAUUCCCUGCAGACUAUCCUGAUGCGCCGCCGUCCAUCCUGGGCACGCAGAGUGUAGGACAGGAUGUUCCAAAAGGCAUGGGCAGUCGAGCAGUAGACGUGGUUAGAGACGUCCUUGCCCAAGUCUAUCGACCGGGUGAAGCAUGCAUCUAUGACCUGCUCGAGGAAGCAAGAGAAGCCCUAGAGACGGCAGAAGAGCAGGGAGAUAUACGUUUACAAGGAAAUGUCGAAAGCCAUCCCGCCGAAGAAUAUGGAGCUGGACAUGCACCGCCAGAUCCCAUAAUCGACAUCGGACCAGAGCCCCCGUGGGUCGUCGCACCAGCAGUUAUGGAGAAGAAGUCGGUCUUCCUGGCGCGUGUCGCCCCAGUAUCAUCCCCCGACCAGGCCAGACAGUACGUUACCCAUUUCCUAGCAACGGACAAGAAAGCUGCCCGAGCCACUCACAAUAUGACCGCUUGGCGCAUAAAAGGCCCCAACGACACGAGUUACCAGGACUGCGACGACGAUGGCGAGACUGCAGCCGGGUCACGCAUGCUACACCUCAUGCAACUUAUGGAUGUAUGGAACGUCAUGGUUGUCGUUACAAGGUGGUACGGCGGUAUUCAACUGGGCCCGGAUCGCUUUCGCAUCAUUAACACUGUGGCGAGGGAGUCACUAAUUUUGGGAGGUUUUACAAAAGAGAGCAAAGAUACCGAAAAGAAGAAAGGGAAGAAGUAGGCAAUCAGCGUCUGUCAAAAAUAAAUUGCCAGGGCACGAAACGGAGAAAAUUUAUUCAAGAUCGAUAUCAUGCAUGGCCGCCACACCGUUACAACAUUGUUGCAGGUAUCAUAUCAGUUCAUAACUAAUCACGCUUUCCAGUCAAGUACUAGACAA